ACAUUUACAACACUCGAUGCCCCAUAAAGAAGUGUGAGCGGGAAUCUAACACUUUCUCUCUCUAAAAGCCGAAAUAAAACCCCCACAUUUUAUGCCUCUCUUCCCGCUUUCGUUUUCAGUCUCUGUUCACUCCAAUCUCUUUCAUGGCUUCUUCUUCUAACCCUAACACCCACAACAAAAUGCUCUCACCGUCAACCUCCAGACCUUACGACCCGACCUCGACACCCAACACCACCUUCGUCCAAGCCGAUCCGUCAACCUUCCGGGACGUGGUCCAGAGACUCACCGGAGCCACCCAUGACCCGUCAGCCCACAAACUCCCCGUCACAUCCCCAGCACGCUUCGCCGGGAAAACCACCUCCGGCGAGAUGGGUCCCCGGAGACCGGCGUUCAAGCUUCACGAACGGAGGCAGAGCGCGAGAAAACUCGAGAUCCAGCUCAACAACGGUGCCGGGUCAUUCGGUUUGGGUAGUGACUCGUGUCCUAGUACUAGGCAAAGGAGCUUUCUAGGGUUUGGUGGUGAGAUGUUAAUGGUGUCACCUGUGUCACCUCUGGAUCUGUUUAUGCGCGGGAGUCCAAGAACGCCUAGGUCACCCUCGGAGGAAGAAGACAGAGCCAUUGCAGAGAAGGGUUUUUACUUGCACCCGAGUCCACUCAGCACGCCCAGAGGAUCCGAACCCGAAUUACUCCCUCUGUUUCCUCUUCACUCACCAAGAGAUGAUUCAUCCUCUUCCUAAAUCUUGCUCACCUACCAAUAACAUAAUAUAUAUAUAUAUAUACACUGCUAUGGGUAUUUUUUUGUUUUUAAUUUUAUGUGUUGUGUUUUCAUGGGUAUCAAACAUGUUGAUGUGUUUGUGAAGAAGUAUGAAAUCGGAGGAAUGUUGUAGAAUGUUUUACACGCGCUCUAACUGCGCGUGGCUUAGUACAGUUCACAUUAUUCUGUUAUAUACCCAAAAUGCCCUGGAAGUUCUUACAUGCGAAAAACAAAAGGAAUGCAGUGCUACAUAUUUGUGGUGUUUUAUUUCAUAGAUGAACCUAGUUAAGUAGAGUUCGAGGCUGGUUAGUUGCUCUGACAGAUUUUUACAUUGUUUCGGUGGAUUACAAUUUGAUAUGUAAAUAAAAUGUGUUAGUUUUAUUUAUUUGUUUGUUUAUGUUUAUUUUUUUACAAGACAAGUUGUGAUCGACGGUAUUACGUAAUUUUUGUUAAACAACAGAAAUGCAGUGUGCAUAUUAGUGCUGUUUA